UGACUGAAGGAGGCACCUGGAAUCACGUCGCCGGUUUGGAAAAUCCGGCAGAUCUCAUCUCGCGAGGCAUUGAUCCUUGCGAGCUCAUCAACGUCGCCCUUUGGUGGAAGGGCCCACCUUGGCUAUCGUCCGACGCUUCGGAAUGGCCAAGCAUGUUUCCAAUUCCGGAAUCUCAAGAAUUCCUUCCAGAAAUCCUCGAAGUAAAGCCAACUACGCUUGCAGCAGUCGCACGUUCAGUAAAGGUACCCGAUCACACUCUGUUCUGUCGCUACUCGUCACUGACGAGACUUAUUCGCAUCGCCGCUUAUUGCCGCCGUUUUGUACGGCAUUGUCGUUCCAAGAUCGCUGGAGCAGGUCUACAAGUUACACCGUUUCUCACCGCAGAUGAAUUGCAACAGGCGCUGAUCGGCAUCGUGAAGGUCGUACAAGAAGAUUGCUUCAGCCACGAAAUCGCUAUAGUCCAGGCUGGAGCUGAAGCAGAUCUAAGAAAAUCACCCCUGAAAACUCUGUAUCCGUUCAUGCACGAUGGACUACUCCGUGUCGGUGGCCGGCUGAACCACUCCUCGUUCUCGUUCACCCGCAAGCAUCCGAUACUUCUACCUGAAGUACACCCACUGACGUCACUACUCAUCGACUCGGUGCACAAACAACUCCUCCAUGCUGGUCCUCGUGCGAUGAUAGCACACAUUCGUGAGCAAUUCUGGCCUUUACACCUCCGUAACCUGGCACGGAGGCAUGUCAACUCUUGCUUGCGCUGCUAUCGAGUCCGGCCCCAGUCGGAAAAUCAGUUGAUGGGCCAGCUUCCGAAGGUUCGAGUUACUCCAGCUAGAGCAUUUCUCAACACCGGUGUCGAUUUUUGCGGCCCUGUUUGGCUGAAGUCCCCAGUACGAAGAGCUGCACCGGUUUGA